AUGAAUCUUAAACCAGCUGGUUAUUGGUUCAAACAACGUGGUUAUACAGAUUCAUCAUUUGAUCGUCAAUUAGCAACAACAACUGGUGAAAUGUUAAAUCAAAUUGUUGAUUCAAAACAACCAUCUGUAACUUCAUCAAAUAAUUUAUUAUCUACAACAUCAUCUGUUAAUAAUCGACGACAUCCAAAUAUUUCUAAUCGUAUAUCCGAUCAUGAUAAUCGAAAUUUAAUACAAAAUUAUGGUGAAUAUUUCGGUCGAGGUUUUGGUAAACGUUUAGUAUCACAAACACCAGUAUAUAAUCAUGAUUGGAUUUUUUUAAAUGAACCACGUCCUGCUCAUCCUGAUCGAGGUUUAACACAACAUGAUUAUCGUGGUUUACCUCCACUCGAAAAUCCUCAAUCAUCAUCAAUCAUAACAAAAAAUUCUAAAAAAUCAAAUAAACAUUGGAUGACAAGUUGUUAUGAUGAUUUUGGAGGAGAUAUUGAACGUGUACCAAGUGAAUUGAUUUAUCGUCAUGAUUACAAACGAAUGCCAAUUUAUCCAUGGCAUUAUUAA